CGAGGCAAAAAGGCGGGAGGUGGGCUAAACGCAGUCAGUAUAUACUUUAAUCGGCGAAAACAGAACACUCCCACAUCACAGAAGCUGCUUGCUCGAGCGAGCAAGAGCACGCGGGAGGGAAGCCAAUCUUUCAUAAUCGGAAUUACAACAUCUGCUGUUUCUCGCUGCUCUCUUCUUCUUCUUCUUCCUCUCUCUCUCUCCGAGUUUCUCGCGCGCGGUAAAAUGGGUUCGGCCGCUGAAACUUCCACUUCAGCAUCGUUCACCGGCAAUCCCCGUCCGCCUUUGCCGGUAAUGGCUCUUAGGGAGAAAAUAGUGGAGAAGGUCCGAGAGAAUCGCGUAACCCUAAUUGUCGGGGAUACUGGAUGUGGAAAAAGUUCUCAGGUUCCUCUCUUCCUUCUAGAAGAAAAUCUGCAGCCUGUUUUGUGCACUCAGCCUAGAAGGUUUGCAGUAGUUGCCAUUGCAAGGAUGGUUGCCAAAGCUAGAAAUUGUGAUGUAGGAGAUGAGAUUGGAUAUCAUAUUGGCCAUUCAAAUGUCUCAGACAAAACAUCCACAAGAUCAAAAGUUGUUUUCAAGACUGCUGGUGUCGUGUUGGAGCAGAUGCGUGACAAGGGAUUGGCUGCUCUUAAAUAUAAGGUUAUUAUUCUCGAUGAAGUACAUGAGCGGUCUGUGGAGUCUGAUCUUGUUCUUGCUUGUGUCAAACAGUUUAUGUUGAAAAGCAAGGAUUUGAGGGUGGUAUUGAUGUCUGCUACAGCUGAUAUUUCAAGAUAUAGAGAUUACUUCAAAGAUCUUGGUAGGGGUGAAAGGGUUGAAGUGAUUGCAAUUCCGUCUGCUCCUCGAGAUGGGUUAUUUCAGAGAAAAGUUCUAUAUCUGGAACAGGUUGCAGAACUUCUUAAAAUAAGUCCACAAGCUUUGUCUGAUCGAUACUGUUCUGGAUCAAACCCAGAAUAUGCUGCUGCUGACCUGAAACCAGAACUUACUGUUCUUAUUCAUAAGUUAAUUUUGUUCAUUAAUCAAACGGAACCUAAUAUUGAGAAGAGCCUAUUGGUUUUUCUCCCUACUUAUCAUGCUUUAGAGCAGCAGUGGGUUCUUUUGAGGCCUUUUUGGUCAAUUUUCAGAGUUCAUAUUCUUCAUCGUAGUAUUGAUACUGAUCAAGCACUCUUGGCAAUGCAAACUUGCAAAUCUCACAGGAAGGUGAUACUUGCCACAAAUAUUGCUGAAUCAUCAGUCACUAUUCCAGGUGUUGCAUUUGUCAUUGACUCAUGCAGAUCCUUACAAGUGUUUUGGGAUUCUAAUAGAAAAAUGGAUUCUACUGAGCUUGUUUGGGUUUCAAAAUCUCAGGCUGAACAACGCAAAGGUAGAACCGGCCGAACUUGUGAUGGUUCGAUUUAUCGUCUGGUCACAGGAUCAUUUUACAACCAACUGAAAGAUCAUGACUUUCCAGCAAUUUUAAGAUUAUCAUUGAGACAACAAGUGCUAAUGAUUUUUUGUGCAGAAUCUAAAGUUAUCAAUGAUCCAAAAGGGUUGUUGCAGAAGGUUCUCGAUCCACCAGAUCCUAAAACAGUUGAAGAUGCUAUUAGUUUGCUUGUUCAUAUUCAUGCACUUGAAAAAAUCCAGUCUCAUAGGUCUCGCUUUGAAGCAACAUUCUAUGGGCGAUUGCUUGAUAGCUUGCCAUUGUCUUUUGAUGCCUCUCUGCUUGCUCUCAAGUUUGGCGAGAUUGGAUUCGUAAGAGAAGGAAUCUUGAUCAGUAUUUUAAUGGAUAUCCAGCCUCUUCCACAACCUUUUGGACAACAAAUUUUGUGUACAGAGUAUGUUAAUAGUUACUUUGCGGGCAUGAACAGUACCUUUCUUCAAAAUGGAAAGAAAGAGUUAUUGUUUGCGGCAAACUUGUGUGCCUACCAGUUUUGGCAGCGUGUUUUCAAGGAUAAAUUUCGACUAGAACGACUAAGGCAAGUUGUCAAUAUUGAUGAUCUCAAAACAUCAAGAACUAUAAUCUCCAAACUUGAAGAGGAAUGGUGCUUGUUUCACAAUCUUUCGUCGGGGUCACUGCAUAAUAUCUCUGAGAUUUAUGAUGAUAUAAUUAAUGGUUUGCACCGUUUCCGGCCAGAAUUUUUUAUAAGCAAUGAAUUUCCAACUUAUCUCGAACCUUACACAUUUAAGCAUAUUUGCCUUCUGCAAUCCAAGCCUUCUGAGGAUGGUGAUGGCCCUGUAUUGAACGAGACGUCUGAUUCUUAUGCUAAUGAAAAUAGCAACUCUUCUGAUGCAAUGAGAUGUCUUGCUGUACCUUUUGUCGCUCCAGGGGACUUUCAAUCAGCAACAGUCGCUGAGAAGUUCAGGGACCUAAUAAAAGAGAUAAAAAUGCAGUAUAUAGAUGAUACGAUUGAGUAUCACGGUGAAACUGUUGGUGGUGUCACAAAAUCAACAGAAGCAACUAUGUGCAAAUUCUUUCUCAAUGGAGGAUGCAACCGAGGGGAUGAAUGCUAUUACUCUCAUUCGCUUCAGGCCAAAAAACCUGUAUGCAAUUUUUUUCUUACAUUUCAGGGAUGUCGUUAUGGCAAUUCUUGUUUCUUUUUGCAUGAUUAUGGCUCUAGGAUUUUGUCUGCUACUCCACCCAAUAGCUGUUUUCAAGAAGAUGAAGUUACGACUGGUUAUUCUUUUCUUCAACUUCUGCCUUCAACUGUUGAUGGUUGUGUGCUUGUGCUUAAUGAUAAAAAUUUGCAUUUUACACCAAAUCUUUCGCAAUGCCUAAGUCCGAAAAAGAUAUAUGCUACAACAAGACAUCAAGAUUCUUCAUGCAUCAAUGCUUUUCCAACUGGUGUCAGGGUACUAUGGAAUGUCAUACGUCCAUCUCAAAUUAUUAUUGGAGCUAAAGGAGAUACAUUUAUCCCUUGGAAAGAAAUCCAUUCAGUCUUAUGGUUUGUUGAUUAUGAGGCUGAGCAUUCAGAUAUUCUUGAAUUGCAGAACUUCUUAGAGUUUCUUGCUGUUCGAAUUUUGGCUGAUAGCUUGACCAAACUUCGGCCAAUUAUCAUAAUGAACAACAUCAGGUUUGCUCAGUGUCAGGUUGAAAGGCUAGCCAGGGAUUGUUUCUUUUUCCUCACCGAAUCAGCUCCAUUUGACGAGGCAAAUUUUGGUAGUUUCUCAGAUUCCUGUGGGAUUGCAAGGCCGAUGCAGGUCUGUAGACCAAUCUGUUAUGCUUUUGAAAUGGUUCCUCCAACUGAUAUCCAAUUUGGGGAUUAUGCUGCUGCCCUUCACAUGGGUCUACACAAUAUUUAAUGAAGCUGGUAAUUCUCAUUUCUUGUUAAGCCAAAUUUGUAUGUUUAAGUAGUUCUAUAGGCAUUUUGGAUAUGUUUAUGCCCUAAUUUUGUACAGGGAGUCCGCUUUUCUUGUCAUUAUUGGUGGCUUUACUCGUUAAUUAAGUUAGGCUAUCUGCCUCUAGGCUUCAUUAGGUUAGCAUGUUUGCGUGUGUAUUUAUAUGUACUUUAAAUUUUGAUUAACGAUGUUUAUGUUAUCAAUAAUCACUAUUUAUCUCAUAAACAUGUAAUGGUGACA